CGAGUACUGCUGCAGUGGAAACAGUGAGAGGAGGACUGCAGUUUCUGGGGCUGAUGGCAGAGCGGUGGAGAGACGAUACUAAGACACUGUAACAUUAACCCUAAGUGCCUCUCCGGUGAAUGGGUUAACCCAUCGUAAAGAAUAGGAUUAAGGAGAUUGAACUGGGACUGUGUGUGGCCUAGAUGUCGGGAAAGUGGAACAUUUUGAAGAAGAAACCAGAGGCCAUGGUAGCACCCGAGCCCACCGGGGCCAGUGCCUUAACUGUUGCCCCGGCCCCUGUGGCCUCAACCUCAGCAGAUAACUCCACGGAGGUCAACAAGAACGACCCCUUUGAUGAGAUCAAGAACAAGUUUCUCAAUGAGAUCGACAAGAUCCCACUGCCGUCAUGGGCCAUCAUUGCCAUUGCCGUGGUAGCGGCCCUCCUGAUCCUCACCUGCUGCUUCUGCAUCAUCAAGAAAUGCUGCUGCAAGAAGAAGAAGAACAAGAAGGGGAAGAAAGGGAAGGGGGAGAUGGGCAUGACCAACAUGAAGGGAGGAGAGAAACAGGAUGAUGACGACGAUGAGGAUGAUGCUGAGACUGGGCUCACUGGAGAUGAGAAGGAGGAAGAGGUGAAGGAGAAGGAGAAGCUUGGGAAGCUUCAGUACUCCAUAGAUUAUGACUUCCAAGACAACAAGCUGACCGUGGGCAUCCUCCAAGCAGCAGACCUUCUCUCAAUGGACAGCGGUGGCACCUCCGACCCUUACGUCAAGGUCUUUGUCCUCCCGGACAAGAAGAAGAAGUUUGACACCAAGGUGCACAAGAAAACCCUGAACCCUGUCUUCAACGAGACUUUUGUCUUCAAGCUUCCAUUCCAAGAGAUGGGUGGGAAGACUUUGGUGAUGUCAGUUUAUGACUUUGACCGCUUCUCUAAGCAUGAUGUCAUUGGGGAGAUCAAACUUCAAAUGAAAGCCCUCGACCUGGCUCAGCCUAUUGAGGAGUGGCGGGAAUUGGACAGUGCUGACCAGGAAGAGCCAGAAAAGCUGGGAGAUAUUUGCAUCUCUCUGCGUUAUGUGCCCACUGCUGGCAAACUCACCAUCUGUAUUCUGGAGGCUAAGAACCUGAAGAAAAUGGACGUGGGUGGACUCUCAGAUCCUUAUGUAAAGAUUCACUUGCUGCAAAACGGUAAGAGGCUGAAGAAGAAGAAGACCACAGUGAAGAAAAACACUCUGAACCCUUACUACAACGAGUCCUUCAGCUUUGAGAUCCCUCUGGAGCAGAUGCAGAAAAUCCAAGCUGUGAUCACAGUGCUGGAUUAUGAUAAGAUCGGCAAGAACGAUGCCAUUGGGAAGAUCUGGGUGGGCAGCAAGUCUACAGGAUUGGGGCUGAAGCACUGGUCUGACAUGCUGGCUAACCCACGUCGACCCAUCGCCCAGUGGCAUCCACUGCAGCCUGAGGAGGAGGUAGACGCUUCCCUCGCCGCCCUGAAUGCCAAGAAGUAAACCUCCUCCACCCACGUCAACAUCAACUACACCUACCUACAGUCCCCCACACCACACGUCCUACCUAAACCCCAGGUUCCGCAUAUCACCACAUAUCUAAAACAACACACCCAGAGAUCUGCCCGCCCCCCCCCCCAUACAAAACAAAACAUAGAUCAUAACUAACAUGAUGAAAAUAAAGAAUAAAAGGGGAUAUGACAUCAUGUGAUCCUCAGCAGUGCCAUUUCCAUAUGGAGACAUGUUACAGGAUGGACAGAUACUAUAGUUGAUUUCAUUUAGAUAUAUUUUUGUAUCGGGGUAGUGGUUUCAUUGUCAUGAAGGCAGAGUACAGUAUGGAGAGGGGAGUACUAUGUGGGACAAGGAGAAGUAUUCCUCAUAAUGUACCUUUCACACCCUCCCUUCAGAGACACAGUUUGCUUAGAAUACUGCUUAAUACUUAAAAUGCUUUAUACUGCCAUACAAUAGAGGAAUAACACAAGCAGGUCCAUUCCUUAGGUGUGUUGUGCACCAUGUACAACACCUGCCAGUAAACAUGUCUAUAUAUGAUUCCGUUAGUUUGAAGUACAUUCCUAGAGAUGGGUAGCACUUAGGGGUAGACACAUAUCCUAGUUACCAACAAACACACUGCCUUUUUGAUCAGCUCAUCUUCUCACCCAUAUUCUCAGGUAAACUGAGAGAAAACAAAACUUCAUGCCUAUGUUUUCCAAGAAAUCUUGUUCCAAUUGCUCCACAUGAUCAGAGAAUUAGUUUGAUUCAAAAUGUUGAUCAGGUGUUUUCCAUGAUCAGAGAUUCCUGGCUAGUCUUAGUGGAUGAGUGAGUGAUGUGACUAAGCAGGUGUCUGUCAGUGAUCAUGACUGGAUGUCAACAGUAAUUAUGUCAACUUGUAAUGACAAGGAGAAAUGAGCUGUGACUGCUAUGUCUGUCAUCAUGACAACUGAUACAAAUUGAGAACCUGGAUGGGAACUUAAUGACUGGAUCAGACCUUGCAUAACAUGAUGCUCUUAAAGUGUCUCUUUUACUGCCUGCAGUCUACCAUCAUCCCUCCAAUGCCUACAAUUCUAUUUCACUUGUUCAGUGCUACUGCCAUUAGUCAUGGACUCAAAACAAGGAUUUCACUUCAAAGAAAUCCCUGUAACCGUCUUACAGUCAUAAAGGAGACAAGCCUUCCAAGUAACAAAAAUAAGCAAUUCUCAACUACCAGGGACGCCUUCCAAUUAGCGGUGUUGUUUUAUUCCAUCUUUAAUUGAACUUCAAACACUUUUGAUUCCUCAAGCACUUUAAAUCAAAAUGUUAUGUUGUUUUACUCUCAGAAACCAGAGCUUUAACUAUUUAUUUUGUGAAGAUUUCCUGGUCAGAAAGAGCAUGAGAGCUGAAACACACUUUAUGUUUGGUUUGUUACCUCACCUUUUUGUCCUGUUGUUUUGUGGAAACACUAAUUGGUCUUUUUAGUUUUUACAUUCUUGACUGCAAAGGUAUGGUCUGAAAGGUGGCACUGUUAAAUGUGUGUUUUAUACACAGAUGACCAAACUGAAUCUAAUUGCACUACUGGAUAUACAUCUGUUAUGUGGUACAGUAAUUGGCGUUGUUCCUUGAUCUAUGUAGUUUUUGUAAAGAGAUGUCAAUGUGAGCUUGAGUUGUUUGUGGCACAUGCAUGCCAGACAAGUCACCUCAUAGUGGAACGUCCUCUAAUUGGAAAGGAUACACAUUUCAAACAAAUGCUGCUACUCAAAUAAUUAAAGGAAUGGGGUUGUAGAUUUGAGUUCUCAGACAGAGACUCAAAUUCCUUGAGACUAAAUGUGGUUAUUCUAUUGAAGACCUAACCUACAUAAUGCAUGAGCUAUUUGAGCCAUAACAUUCUGGACAUUGUUGUGGCUUUGUCAACAUUGCUAAUUGGUUAUCUAAAAAUACAUUAACUGUCCCUGAGCACAAUCUUUUCUCUAUGGUCUCAUAUAAGGUGAUCAAAGAAGGAAACCACCAGACAUGAUUGUGUUCAAGAACAUGCAAGGUCAAUGCACAUUCGUGCAGGUUAUAUUUGAUCAGUUUUACAACUUUUAAAAGACUUUGGAAUUCAAUGAAUGUUGACUGUUGAAUCAUUUUAUCUAUCAGACUCCCAUUUCUUUAUCCAUUUGUCCAGUAGAGGUCAUAUUCUUUCCAAAUUAUGUUUUUCAUUGAACUUACUGUAAUUUGCUUUCUUCUAUGUUAAUCAAGCAACACUAAAGAAAAGACAACAUGCAAGCAAUCAAACAGCUCAUUAAUGUGUAGUUUUGCCUAUAUACAGAGUUCAUACAUGUUGAUACUGCAUGUUUAUACAAAAUAUUGUACAUAAAAGGCAUGUUUUAGAGACAACGCAAAAAUAUCUUGUGUACGUAUAAGUGGGUGUCAUUUGUCAUUUUAAUAACACAAUGGAGGAAAAAAAGAUGCACUGUAUAUUUUCUAAAUGCAACAAAUGUGUAUUUAUUUUCCAUGAAUGGGUCAUUAGAGAGAAUGUCAUACUACAGUAUAUUAGAGUCCUAUUACUACUAAGAACCUUUCCAUGUCUGAAAUUCAUAAGCAAGUGUGUUGUCAAGUACUGUGCGUGAGUUCAUGUAGGAUGAACAUUUAGUAGCAUGCUUGCUAUCUAACUCCUUGUGAUCCUUUUAUAAUUUGAAAAUGUACAUUUAGGAACUUGUUUUGUAAUUGUUUAUCUUUGGGUCAAUACUUGUCAUCUUACCAACUAUUAAACUUCAAAGGGGGGCUCCAAGUUAAAUAAUACAUAUUUGUCAGUUAAAUCAUAGACAUACAGACAUUCAGUAAUGAAUCCAAGCAAUUUAAAGAAAGAAAUUACUGAAUUUGAAACUGAAAACAAUCAAAGUGCAGUAUUUACGACAAGAAAUAAUUCAGCACUUCCUCAUUGUGUACAAAAGGCUUGGAAUCUCAUACUUUUCAGUCCUAAAUUUGACUUAACCUUUUGUUUCUUCACUUGACACCCUUUCCAAUUAUGUAUAUUUUACUAUGUUUAUUAACACUAAAUGUAUAUGUGUAUACAAAUAGAUGAAUAAGAUAAAACUUAAGCCAUAAGACUCAAGCACUAUCUCUUUAGAGCUCAAUUGAGUAUCUAGAGUUGAUUUUGUCAAAAACACUUGUUCAUUUUCCUUGGCCAGUGUUACUCUUACACAUUCCGUUCAGUGGUCUUUUACCCAUCGUGAGGGCAGAAUGCAUUCUACAUGUGAACAAUGAGAACAGUUGUGAUUUUAGUAGAGCGAAUGUGUCUUUUUUCUACUUGUUUAUGUCGUUUAUAGAGAAAGCUGAUUUUUUGGUGAUUAGUAAUGUGUACGCUUGUUUUGAUAGUAUGAAUCAUGGAUAAUGGAUGUUAUCUAACAGGAAGUUCUCAAAGACCAAAUUAUGUCACACUUUGCGUGUCUCUUAUACCUCUUUAAUGGCACAGAAAUUACCAGAGCAACACUAUAUUUUUACCAUUUUGUUACACAUGGAUUGAGUGAAAGACUUCCUUUGUGAAGCACUCUGUAACCAUGUCAAUGUAAUGUUGACUGAGUAAUUGCAGCAUUAUAGAGGUAUAAAGCACCUUGAUGUGAAGUGGUGUCCAUGGCUGAAACCUACAUCCCUCCUAGUUCCUAUAUAACUAUGCUUUCACUAAGCAGCUGGGUUUACAUGCUGUUUACAGUAGCUACUCCUGACUUGAUCUUUUAAAAUACUUGGGGGAGAAAUUGAUGUUUAACUCAUGAUUCAGCAACUGUUAGAUCAUUUUGUUGCUUACAUGAUAAGCAUUUAAGUUAUAUAGGAAGCAUCAAGGAUAAAAUGAAAAACAGUACCCAGAGAUACAGUGAUGUAUGUUGCCACAACAUCCCUAAUAGCUGCCAUUUUAUAAUCAAGCCACUGAUGUUAUUUAUUCAAUAUCCCAAUUAAUCCCAUUGAACUGUGACCAAGGGAUGCACUGACUACUGUGGUAAUCCACAACAGAUUUCAGUAUUUCAAAAACAUACUGCCAAUAGUCAUCUCUAAUUACAGUUGCUGGUAAUCAUCAGCAAUCUGAAUAUAUUUCAGAGCCAUGCUAACCCAGUUUAUGCAGUGGCAAAAUAGGCUAGAUGAUGAGACAACUGUGAAUGAAGGUGCAUUCCAACAAAGUAUAGCACAUAGAAUGAUUGUUUCAAUGCUUUUUACACUGCCCAGGUCACCACAAUCACACAUGACCACUUGACAAUAGGUUCCAUGAGGGACAGAGACUGAGAACUGUGUGUGUUUGUGUGUUAAAUAGAUGAAGCAUAGGCCCUUUAUAAAGUUAGCAGUUAAAGUGCAAUAAUGCAGCACCAUAACUUUCUGUUACUACUGUAUACCACACAGUGUCUGCAUGCGUGGGACACAUAUUCCGGGUUGUACAUGUAUGUGGGUGUGAGAACAAUCUAAAUACGUUUUAAUCAUAAUAAAUAGGAAAAGUAAUUCUUUCUAUACAAUUGUUACUUAUUUUUUGACUGAUACACAUACCUUAUGUUCAACUGAAUUUUUCAUUUUCAACAAAGGUUUUAGAGCACGAUUCUCACAUAUUAGGGUUAUGGUGCACUGGCUCUUUGUUUUUGCAGGCUUUUUGUAAUAAGGUACAUAGUUUAAUGAAAGGUUCCUUGGAACGAUAUGUACAUCCAUCUUCUAAACUCCAUAACUACAUCUGGUACUAACUGACCUUGCCCAGGUCUUCACCUAGCCAGCUGUUCUUCUGUCUCUGGUGUGGCUCUUUGUUUCUUCUCUGUAUUCUAUGUGAUCACUGUUAGUGUUCUGUCUCUAUCCUGUAACUGUAGAAUACAGGAUUGCAUUAGGAACAAUGGAAGACACAAAUUCAACUGUUCUUCCAUUCUCUUAUUUGUCUUUGUACCAUUAUUGUGCUAAUGUGGACCCAGCUGACUGGAUUCUCGCAUAGCUCCAUGAUGACACUGAAUUUAAGUGUGUGGAAUGCCGGCCUUCAUGUUUACAACAUGGAUAUGUAUACUGCCAAACAAGCAGAACUGUUUCACCCUUCCCUCUUCAACUUUAGUCCACCGCAUUUCAUAUCCCAUGAUAGAAUAAUAUUCUAAAAACUCUUUUCAUUUCAUUUUCUCCUCUUUCUCUUCAUCUUUUUAAGCAUCAGGGGACCUUAAGGUUGUGUCCUCUGGCUGUGUUUCUUCGUGUCUAGUGUCGUGGUGCGCGUGUUCAUGUCAGUACUUGUGCCUACUGUGGAUCGCAUGCUUUAGCCCUUGACUGGACACAAAAACAUUGCUCACAAAUGCCCCACAGCCCUUAUGUGGAUGAGCAUCGGGGAUCCUUGUAAAGUUAUCAAGGGAACCAAACAACUCAAUACAGAUUUAUCAUAUGUGUUACCAGUUCUGUAAGAAACAAAUAGGAAAUAAAGGCCUUUUAAUUAUCAUGA